GUCACUGGAGUGAUAAGCAAAGAGUACAUCCCAAAAGGAACGCGCUUUGGACCCCUGGUAGGAGAGAUCUAUACCAGCGAUACGGUUCCCAAGAAUGCGAACAGAAAAUACUUUUGGCGGAUCUAUUCAAGUGGCGAGCUUCACCACUUCAUUGACGGAUUUAACGAGGACAAGAGCAACUGGAUGCGUUAUGUAAACCCCGGCUACUCUGUUCAGGAACAGAACUUGGCUGCUUGUCAGAAUGGAAUGAACAUCUACUUCUACACCAUCAAACCCAUCCCUGCCAACCAAGAGCUGCUUGUGUGGUAUUGCCGAGACUUUGCAGAGAGGCUGCACUAUCCCUCCUCCAGAGAGCUGACAAUGAUGAACCUCA